AUGUCUGCAUUGAAUCAAUUAUUUGGGGCCGCAUCUGAAACCAAGGCGACUUCUUCGGUGGCAUCAUUGUUCGCCAAGCCUAACCAUGUGGAUGAACUGAAGGUGAAAGCCAAGGCAAGAACUGUGCUUCCAGAAAUUCCAGUGGAGGAAGAAGAGGAACAGACGGGUGUAGAAGCAGAGGCCGAGGUCGAAGCGGAAGCGGAAGAUGAGGAGGCAGAAGUAGAACAACCAAAGAAAAAGAAGAAGAAGACCAAGAAGACGGAAACCGAUGAGAACGAUGAUUUGGAGACUAAAUACUAUGCUAAAGUUUUGGGUGAAGGUGAAACUGUUGAAGAGAAGGGUGGUGAUGAUAAUAAUGACUCUGGUUCUGAUUCUGAUGAAGAAGUGUCCGAGAAGACUGCGGAAACAGGCUCUGCCGAUUCCUCUUCUGCUAAGGUCAUCGACUUAAAAGAAAAGGAAUUGGAAAAGGCAGAAAGGACCAUUUUCGUCGGUAAUGUUCCAAAUGAAGUAAUUACAUCUAAGAAAUUAUACAAGGAAUUCAAGAAACUUAUUUCCACUGACCCUCGUUCUGAAGAAGAGCUGCUCGCCGCUAACUCUGACAGCAUCGAUUUCAAGGUGGAGAGUAUCAGAUUCAGAUCGAUUGCAUUUGAAGAAGCGCUUCCAAGAAAAGUGGCUUUCGUACAACAGAAAUUACACAAGUCAAGAGACUCCAUUAACGCUUAUGCUGUUUACUCGAAACCAGCACCUGUCAAGAUCAUGUGUCAAUAUCUAAACGGUAGAGUCUUCCACGAUCACCAUUUGAGAAUCGAUUCUAUCACUCAUCCAGCACCCCAUGACAAAAGAAGAUCUGUGUUUGUAGGUAACCUUGACUUUGAAGAAAUUGAGGAGAACCUCUGGAAGCACUUUGAGUCUUGUGGUGAUAUUGAAUACGUCCGUAUUGUUCGUGAUUCAAAGACGAACAUGGGUAAAGGUUUCGCUUACGUGCAAUUUAAAGAUUUCCAAUCGGUUAACAAAGCAUUACUAUUACAUGACAAAAAGAUCCACGAGGGAAAGAAAGCCAGAAAGCUAAGAAUCUCCAGGUGUAAGAACAUGAAGAAGAGCCAAAAUACCCGUCAAUCGCCUCUUCCAAAUAGAAAACUUAAUGAACAACAAAAGACAAAGUUGGGUAGAGCUAAGAAGGUGUUAGGGAAAGCAGACAGAUCUAAGCUCGGUGAAGAAUUGACUAUUGAAGGUUUGAGAGCCUCAAAGGGUGAAACUACACCACUUCUUAAGAGAGUGAAGAAAAGAUCAAAGACUGGAAGAGUGACUAAGCGUUCUCUUGCAUUUAAGAAGCAGAACCCUCUAUGA